CGAUGGUCGGACCCCCUACAAAGCGCCAGAAGCGUGGUGAAGUGCCCGAAGGAAAACUACCACAAAAGAAAUUCUUCCGCCAGAGAGCCCACGCAAAUCCCUUCUCGGACCACAACCUCACCUAUCCCGAGUCACCGGCUGCCUUUGAUUGGGCAGAGCUAUACCCAGCAUAUGCAGUCAAAGAGGACAAAGAAAGUCAGGAUGCGUCAUCUGCGCAAGACAAGAGCGUGGGAAAGAUAUCGAAACAGGUCGAGGUGGCAGACAUUGGAUGCGGUUUCGGCGGCUUGCUGUUCGCAUUGGCUCCCAUAAUGCCCGAGACGCUACUACUGGGUACGCCGAAUCAGACAAUCCGCUCCGCAGUGACGGAAUACGUCCAGACCAAGGCCAAGGCAUUACGCUCUCAACACACCGAAACCCAAGCUUUCCAGAACGUCGCCUGCUUGCGUGCCAACACGAUGAAGUUCCUGCCAAACUUCUUCACCAAGGCCCAACUCAACAAGAUUUUCCUCUGCUUCCCGGAUCCGCAUUUCAAGGCUCGCAAACACAAGGCCAGAAUUGUUAGCACAACGCUGAACUCGGAAUACGCAUAUGUCUUAAGGCCGGGCGGUAUCAUCUACACCAUCACCGAUGUCGAGGAUCUGCACAAUUGGAUGGUCGAGCACCUGGACGCCCACCCAUCAUUCGAGCGCGUGUCAGAGGCCGAGCAAGAGGCUGACGAGUGUGUGGCUGUGAUGCGUCAAGAAACUGAAGAAGGCAAGAAGGUGACGAGGAACAACGGCAACAAAUACGUUGCGCUCUUCAGACGCCGAGAAGACCCUGCAUGGCCU